CCCCGCGCUGACAUCCAACCCAUCCAACCCAUCCCAUCCCAUCCCAUCGGCGGCGCCAUCCACGACACUUGCUGUGCUCCGGCCAAUGCCACCGCCGUCCGCCCCGUAGCCCAUCGUCAACCGCGUCGUCACUCGCUGCCUCUUCUUCCUCCCUUUUCCUCCCCUCCUCCUCCUCCUCUCCCUCUUCCUCUUUCUCCUACGCCCCCCGCCCCUCUCCAGCGCAGCGCAACCAGAGCAGGCCUCGUCUCGCGCGCAUCCGCCCCCCUCACCCGACCGAUCCGCAGCCAUGGGCCUCCACAACCCUCUCCCCUCGUCCGUCAAGUCGGAAUGCAAAAAGUGCGGCAAGAUCCUCGCCUCCUUCGUCAAUCCCCGCCAGGCCUUCGGCCCCGACAAGGUCAUACCGCCGUCGGUACUCUCCAAUGCAAAGGGCCUCGCCGUCAUCACCAUCCUCAAGGCCGGCUUCCUCGGCUCCGGCCGCAUCGGUAGCGGCGUCGUCGUCGCCCGCCUGCCCGAUGGCUCCUGGAGCGCCCCGAGCGCCAUCGCCCUCGGCGGCGCCGGCUUCGGCGGCCAGAUCGGCUUCGAGCUCGCCGACUUCGUCUUCGUCCUCAACGAUACCAACGCCGUAAAGACGUUUGCCCAGGCCGGCUCCCUGACCCUCGGCGGCAACGUCUCCCUCGCCGCCGGCCCCGUCGGCCGCAACGCCGAGGCCGCCGGCGCCGCCUCCCUCAAGAGCGUCGCCGGCAUCUUUAGCUACUCCAAGACGCGCGGCCUCUUCGCCGGCGUCUCCCUCGAGGGCUCCGCCAUCAUCGAGCGCCGCGACGCCAACGAGCAGCUAUACGGCACCCGCUACACCGCACAGCAGAUCCUCACCGGCUCCGUCCAGUCCCCGCCUGAGGCCCAAUCCCUCAUGGCCGUCCUCAACUCUCGCGCCUUCAGCGGCAUGCGCGCCGGCUCCAUGACCGACGACUCCAUGUACAACGACAUCCCCGUCUACGCGAGCGAGCACGACGACGUCGUCUGGGAGGGCCGCCGCGGCAGCGCAUACGGCGAGGGCGUCCAGCGCGACCGCACCGGCUCCGGCUCCGGCUCCUUCGGCCGCCCCAGCCGCUCAAACACCUGGCAGGACGACGUCUACGACCGUCCCACCGGCGGCGGCGGCGGUUUCGGCGGCCCCGCCCGCUCCAACACCUUCAGCUCGACCCGCGACAAUGACGACUACGUCUACCGCGACAACGCGCCCCCGACGGAGAAGAAGGUCGGGCCCGGGCGGCCCGCCGCGCCGAAGCCGAAUUUUGCCGCCAAGCAGGCGCUCAAUAAGAACCAGGCCGUCGCCCUCUACAACUUUGAAGCCGACCAGCCCGGCGACCUAGGCUUCAAGAAGGGCGAGGUCAUCACCGUGCUGAAGAAGACGGACAGCGACAACGACUGGUGGACGGGCAUGAUUGGCACGCGGCACGGCAUAUUCCCCAGCAACUACGUCAAGAUGAAGGAGUGAGCGAGAGCGAGCGGCGGCUCGAGGGCGACCUCUGGGCAGGACAUGAUGCCGCCACGCACCGCGAAAAUGUCUCUUUUUUUCUUCUCUCUUUUGGGUAUACGUUACGAUGAUGAGGUUCAUGUUGCAAACGGAGCAGGUUUGGUUCAGAACGUUUGCCUAGACGAUAUCCCAGCGUGCUCGCGGCAGAGGCGGCUCGCUUUUCGCGCCCAAGGCGGGCAGAUUACAACAACUCGACAUCGUGAGAAUAUCCUCGUCUCUUGUUAAUGUGUACAUAGAAUGCGUAACGACGUGUCUAUCAUACAGGCGGUCGUGCGUGUGGGGGGCCGUGGCCGUGGUCCCGAAAGCGCUCCGCCCCGGUGCUCGUGACCCUGGAG